AUGCCGCGAAGAACCCACAAAAAGUCACGAAAUGGCUGCAUUGAAUGCAAACGCCGCCAUAUGAAGUGUGAUGAGCAAAGACCAGUCUGCUCCAACUGUAUCAGUUCAGCGCGGGAUUGCCAGUUCGUGGGGCCAGUGUCGAUCCUACAUUCCACACGCAGUGUCAGUCGCGAACCUGCGUCUGUAUCACCGGCAGUCUUAUCCUCUACUGUGGCUACACCAGAUCAACAACCUGACAAGGAUCCCGAAUAUGCACCUGUUAAUAUGCUUCACGUUGAACUCGUCCACAAUUUCUCCACUGAAACACUGAAAGUAUUCCAUAAACCGAAUACUGCAUCAUCAUUUCUGUCGUUCCAUGAUAUGUUCCAACACUGCCGUGAAGCCCCAUAUCUUAUGAACGAACUUCUAUCCCUUAGCUCUUUACAUCUGAGCAUUACGAGACCUGGACAACAAAAGUUCUACAGAGACCGGUCGACCGAAUUACAGAAUCAUGCAUUGAGCUCAUUUAAUGGGAUGUCUUCACAAAUCACAGAUGAUAACUGUGUCCCCGUCUUCCUGUUCGCCGGCGUUCUAGGAUUGCACAUGCUCUGUGAAACCCUAGUCUGUCGCGAAACCGACUUUGAAAGCUUUCUGGACCGCUUCGUACAAUAUGUAAUUGUGCAUCAUGGAGUACGGGUAGUCACAGGACAAGGCAGAUGGCAGCUUUUGCAAAACACAGCAUUGAAGCCACUUUUCGAAUUUGGGGAAAUACUGCCCCCUCUUGAAUCAAGUCUCGGGCCGGUCUGUGAGACAUUGAUUAAUCGGAUUCAGGGCCUUGGGCUGGAUGAUGCUAUUUUCAGGAAUUAUGAGCAGACUGUUCGAGCCCUGCAGUCAAUUAUGACCAUUAUUGAAGACCAUGAUCUGAAAGCCUACAGCAUAGAUGCUCUCGUGGCAUGGCCAGUACUUGUUUCUCGUGAUUAUAUUCAUCUCGUUGCGGAGAGAAAAGGAGAGGCUUUGGUUAUCUUGGCAUAUUUUGGCGCCCUUCUUGAUACGCAACGAGACAAGUGGGUAUUUUGUGAUGGGGGGAGGUUUUUGGUUGACUCGGUUAGCCAUUAUCUUGGAUCUCAGUGGGAAGAAUGGCUCGAGUGGCCUCAGCAAACCCUCGUGCAUUCAACCCGCGUAUAA